AUGCUGCUGGUCUGGUCGCUGGCACUGCUGCUGGGAGCAGUAGCAGGAAAAGAAGUCUGCUAUGACAGACUCGGCUGCUUCAGUGAUGACUCCCCAUGGUCAGGAAUCGUGGAAAGACCCCUGAAAGUAUUGCCCUGGAGUCCAGCAGAUGUCAACACCCGCUUCCUCCUGUACACUAACGAGAAUCAAGACAACUAUCAAGUAAAAAUCCUCAUGUUUUCACAAAUCACUGCGGAUUCAUCAAGAAUCCAGAGCUCCAAUUUCAAAACAAAUAGGAAAACCCGCUUCAUUAUUCACGGAUUCAUAGACAAGGGAGAAGAAAGCUGGCUGKCCAACAUGUGCAAGAAAAUGUUCCAGGUGGAAAGUGUGAACUGCAUCUGUGUGGACUGGAAGGGCGGCUCCCGGACCGGAUAUACCCAGGCCUCCCAGAACAUCCGGAUCGUGGGCGCAGAAGUGGCCUACUUUGUUGAUUUCCUUCGGACUCAAUUAGGAUACUCGCCUUCCAAUGUCCAUGUCAUUGGCCACAGUCUGGGUUCCCAUGCUGCUGGGGAGGCUGGAAGAAGGACCAAUGGGGCCAUUGGACGAAUCACAGGAUUGGAUCCAGCUGAACCUUGCUUUGAGGGUACACCUGAACUUGUCCGAUUAGACCCCAGUGAUGCUCAGUUUGUGGAUGCAAUUCACACUGAUGGUGCCCCAAUAGUCCCUAACUUAGGGUUUGGAAUGAGCCAAACUGUGGGUCACCUAGAUUUCUUUCCAAAUGGAGGAAUAGAAAUGCCCGGAUGUCAGAAGAAUAUUCUCUCUCAGAUUGUUGACAUAGAUGGAAUUUGGGAAGGAACUCGUGACUUUGCAGCAUGUAAUCACCUAAGAAGCUACAAGUACUAUACUGAUAGUAUUGUCAAUCCCACUGGCUUUGCUGCAUUCUCUUGUGCCUCUUAUAGUGUUUUCUCUGCAAACAAGUGCUUCCCCUGUCCAAGUGGAGGAUGCCCACAGAUGGGUCAUUAUGCUGAUAGAUAUUCUGGAAAAACAAAUGGAGUGGGCCAGAAAUUUUAUCUGAACACUGGGGAUAAGAGUAAUUUCUCACGUUGGAGAUACAAGGUGUCUGUCACACUGUCUGGGCAGAAGGUUACAGGACAUAUACUGGUUUCUCUGUUUGGAAAUGCAGGAAACUCUAAGCAGUAUGAAAUUUACAAGGGCUCUCUUCAACCAGGCUAUACUCAUUCCAAUGAGUUUGACUCUGAUGUGGACGUUGGGGACUUGCAGAGGGYCAAAUUUAUUUGGUAUAACAAUGUGAUUAACCCAUCACAACCCAGAGUGGGAGCAUCUAGCAUCACGGUGGAAAGAAACGAUGGAAGAGUGUUCAAAUUCUGUACUGCAGAGACUGUGAGGGAGGAUGUUCUGCUCACCCUCAACGCAUGUUAGAAGGCAGCUGACAUGUGUCACU